AUGGGGAUCCAUAACCCUCUCCCGUCGUCGAUGGCGUCGGAAUGCAAGAAGUGUGCCAAGAUUCUCUUGUCUUUCACCGACCCCCGACAGGCCUUUGGACCAGAUAAGAUUAUCCCCCCUUCAGUGCUGGCAAACGCAAAGGGACUCGCGAUUCUCACCGUCAUCAAAGCAGGCUUUCUCGGCUCGGGCCGCUACGGUAAUGGCAUCGUCGUCGCUCGCCUCGCAGAUGGAACCUGGAGCGCGCCCUCUGCAAUUGGAACCGGAGGGGCCGGCUUUGGGGGCCAGAUCGGUUUUGAGCUCACAGACUUCGUCUUCAUCCUCAACGACGCCGCGGCCGUCCGAACGUUUUCCCAGGCGGGUUCCCUCACCCUCGGUGGCAAUGUAUCCAUAGCUGCGGGACCGAUAGGACGGAAUGCCGAAGCUGCUGGCGCGGCGAGUAUGAAGGGUGUGGCGGGAGUCUUCAGCUACAGCAAGACCAAGGGGCUGUUUGCGGGUGUGAGCUUGGAGGGGAGCGCGAUCAUCGAAAGAAGGGAUGCAAAUGAGAAGUUGUACGGGCAGCGCUUUACUGCGGUACAGCUGCUGCAGGGAACCGUGAGACCGCCUCCUGCGGCGCAACCGCUUAUGAGCGUCCUGAACUCCAGAGCAUUUGCUGGGAUACCGCCGGGGGACGAUGCUACAUAUAACGAUGUUCCGGUAUAUGACGAUACGCACGACGACGUGGUGUGGGAGGGACGAAGGGGAAACGCGAUGGGAGAAGGUGUGCGGAGGGAUCGCACGGGAAGCGUAAACGACUACCAAUCCGACUACAAAUACAGUGAUACCAGACCGAAGCGAGCGAGUACCUGGGCAGACGAUAUCUACGACCGCCCUACCAGCAAUUCCUCGCGGAUCAACAGCUUCAAUACUGGCGGUGGCAGCAUAUCUGGCCGAGAUACCAAAGGCUUCCAAGAAGACUACGUCUACGAGGAUAUGCCCCGAAACAUGACUGGCAACAGCAAGAUUGGACCUGGCAGACCGUCGGCGCCAAAGCCUCUAUUUCAAAGUAAAACGGGCAGUCUGCGCGAUAACGAGGCUGUCGCGAUAUACACGUUUGAUGGCGAGCAAGCUGGUGAUUUGGGGUUCAAGAAGGGAGAUAUUAUCCAGGUGACGAAGAAGACGGAGAGUACAAAUGAUUGGUGGACCGGCAUAAACGGAACCCGCACCGGCAUAUUCCCGGCCAACUACGUCGAGAUGAAGAAGAAGUAG